AUGGCUCCCCCAAAAUCUUCCAGCAGCAAACACUCCAAGAAGACCCAAGAUUCAACUCUUCAUCCUGUGCAUGAGUUGAAUGGACCAAUGACUGUUGGAAACCAACAGUACGUUCCUGAACCUCCCAAUGAGAGAGAGAAGGAAUGUAUCUACAAAUCCCAGGUAUUAAUUCCUGUUCUUGUUUCUGGUAUUUGUCACGCUAUGUUAGGUCAACUCCCCAAUCCAGACAUUAAACCAGAUCGUCUGAAAGAAUUUUGUCCCACCUAUUUCCAUACCAAGAGGAUCUUUAGAACUUGUCCAUGGUCGAAAAACCCUUCAGACUAUUUAUCCUGGCUAGAUAAGGUUGAAAAGAUUAAAGGAAAUUUCUGGAAGGAAAUAGGUAUUUUCGACCUCAUUCAAUUGUCGAGAGUAGGACCCAACAUUUACCCCAAUAUGCUUUUAGCUUCACUCUAUUUUUGGGACAGUACCUAUAACACUUUUCACCUUCCUUGUGGGAUGGUCACCCCCACUCUCUUCGACGCAGCAACCAUCGUUGGCCUUCGCCCCAAUGGGAUAUAUUUCGACCCCACCAACCUAAAUGAAGAUUCUAUAGCUUUCAACACUAGCUUUGCUCCAUACUCUUUAUUCAUGUCUCAUUAUCAUGACAAGGAUACCACAAAAGUCUCGGAUGUCGAACAUAUAGCCUUUUUGACUCUAUGGCUAACAAAAUAUAUGUUUUUCUCCCGUUCCCUCCAAGUUGCCAAAAGAUUCAUCACUAUGGCCAAUCAGCUUCACGUAGGAACCAAACUAUGCUUAAGUGAAAUGAUUUUGGCGAAUCCUUACGAAUCCUUGAGUGAGAGUGUAAAUAUUUUGAAAACCAUCAAAGACCAAGGUAAAAUCAAUUUGUCAGGACCUUUCUGGCUUUUACAAUUAUGGCUCAAUGCCACCUUUGAAGCUUCUCUUCUUGUAGAACACGAAGUGAACGAAGAAAAAGUGAAGGACAGGACUGUCGAAUGGCCUAGGUUGGUGCAACUAACGCCAACUGAUGAAGGAAUUAGCCUUCGACAAGCUUUCAACAGUUAUGUCAUGAUGUUUGCCAAAAGGUAUCAUUUCACUUCGACCAUGGCACCCUUUGCUAGUAGAAAAAUUGGACCUGAAUGGUUUACCCAACAACUGCCCUUGGAAAUGCAGAAGGAUGAGAAUAUAUUUUUGGAUGUUUGGGAAUCAUUUUUAACCGCCAGGCUCCUUUUUUCCCAUCAUAACGUAACCAAAACCCAAAUAGCUUUGAUAGUCUACCAACCCAAUCUCGUUGCUAGACAGUUUGGCUUGAUCCAAAUAAAACCUCGACCCAUCUUCCCAAAGAAAGGAUCUAUCAUUUUUUACAACUCCCUUCAUAAUGAAGAUGAGAGCAAAGAGUCGUCGAAGAAGCUAACUGAUGAUUCUCUUGAUAUUCGACCAGUGAUCUUUCGACUAUCUUUUCUCUGUACUCCUGAGUUCCAUGAGUGGUGGAAGGAUUAUUAUUCUACCAGAUUUUUCGACAUAACAGCCUUCACCACACAUUUAACAAAUGUUUUUGCUUUCGUGCAAGAUCGGACCAAAAAAGCCGUAAAGAUCCCUACCAAGAAAACUUUCGUCGAAGCGUCACCAGGUGCUGCUAAGAAACCUUUCACAAAGGUAAGUCGAAAGCCCCCACCAGUCCAAAAAAGAAAGAAAGAAAAGGAGAAAGAAGAGGAUAGAGUUCCCACUGAAGAAUCUGAUGAUGAAUCUCCAGCGCCAAACCCCCUUCCUCAGAAGAAGAAGAAGAAAAUCAAGAGGGUCUCUUCCCAAAGAUCCAUUGUUAAGUCAGCUAAAAAAGAUUCUUCAAGUACUCCAACCGCCAAACUUCAGUCGAAGGAUACAGAGAGUGGGAAAUCUAGUUUUAAUACUGAGAUUCCUGAGAAACAAUUGGCUGUCGAAGGAAAACCUACAGAUAAAAACAAACCAAAACCUGAUAGUGGUUCUGCUCUCAAAACUGUCAGCUCGACGUCCACUUCUCCGAAGGAUUCGACAAAAGGAUCAACAAUGGAGAUGGCGCAGACAAAAAUUAAUCCUGAACCUGAGAAGACUCUGGAAGAGACAGUCCAAGAAGAAGAUAUCCCCAAAAAUGAUCAUGACAAGCAAACUGUAGCAGAAUUCGACGCUACAAUGAGUGAAGCUUCUGAAGAUGAUUCUCCUCCUCAUCCAUGA